GCGCAGUUCCGCAGGACGAGCUGCUGUCCCACCGCGCGCAGUGCUGAGGAGAGAGGGACUCUCGCGCUUCCAUAAAUGCCCGGUCCGUCGAAGAGGCUCGAGGCUGGGCAGCAAGAUGAGCUCGUGGGUACAUCUGCUGCUCGCGUUGCUGGCGGCGUGUCUGCGGUUUGGCGUAGCCGAGGAGGACCCUCUGCCUGCAGCCCUGGUGGAGCUGGUUAGAAACAGCCCCAUCUCCUCCAUAGAGGACCUUCAGCUGCUGUUGCUAACUGACUCCGUAGAUGAGGAGGAGGGAAAUUCAGAAGCCAAUGGAGGUCACAGAUUACCACGGAGCCUCGAUGCCCAACCAGCCCAGCAGGCUCUGUGUAAAGUUCGUACAGAAGUGGUGGAGGUCACCAGAGCGAUGUUAGACCGCAGCAAUGCUAACUUCUUGCUAUGGCCACCCUGCGUUGAGGUGCAGCGCUGCUCCGGCUGCUGCAACACCAAGAGCCUGCAGUGUGUCCCUGUUGUCACACACACCAGAUACCUGCAGGUCAUGAAGAUCGAAUAUGUAAACAAAAAACCCACGUACGCUAAAGCAGUGGUGUCAGUGGUCGAUCAUGUGGAGUGUCGAUGUCAGCCAGUUCCAAGACCCCCAGUGCUCAAGAGAAAAUCACCUCGCAGACCACACCACCACAGUAAGGACCAGCAUCGAAACCAGACUCUCAGUCAAGGAAACGGACAUGGACAGGUCAAGGUGCACUCCAAGGAUGAGCUCCAUCAGUGGGAUGACCUGAAGCAGAACCAGAGAGCCAAUCUGGAAGAUCUCCUGGAGCAGCAUUGGAGCCCCAGAGGAGACACCUUCACGCAGCAUGGAGAAGGGUACAGUCUGCCUGGGGAGGACACAUCUCAGUCUGAAGAGGCUAUUCUCUAUGGUCCACACUGGGCACAUAACUCCACAGUGCCUCUUGGGACUAAUGUGGAGAGGAAGAAUGGUAAGAUCUCAGAAGGAAAUAAGACUCUAUCCGCAGUGGACAAUGUUGGCAUUGAGCAGAAGUUGGCAGAAGGAUGGGAUGGGUUACUGCUCAACAAUACUGAGGGGAAGGUUAAUGAGGGAAAUAGGGAAACACAAACACACCACCCAUCAUGGCAAGAUGACAAAUCCAAGUUUUCAAAGCCAGCAACUCACAAUCCUCAAGCCAAGUUCAGUCCCACUGAGGCAACCAUCGAGCAGGUCGGAAGCAGGUUCAGGCCUACCAAAGAGCCAAAUCCAGACCCUCGAGGGCAGGCGAGACGGAAAGAUAACGAGACUCCAGAGGAGGACAGGAUAUUACAGAUUGAGAAGGAAAAAGUAGAGGAGGAGAAAAAAGAGCUGCUACUCCUCCACAAGAGGUUGGACCAAGAGAAGGAGAUAUUGCGACAGCAGCAAACGAAGCGAGAGGAGGAGGAGUGGCAGAAAGAAAAGGAGACAGAUAGUCAACACCACCUGCACAGUAAACAUCAUCAUCAUCAUCUGCAAACAACAACGCAGAAACCAGAGACAACAUCUACAACUACCACAAAGCAGCCAUCAGCUCCAGCAGGCCCCAGGCCCCCAGCCCGUCCAAAGAAAAGGAUGAGGAAGAAUCGCAAGCGAAUCAGCAAGGCAGCUAUGAGAGCAAUGCUAAUGUAAAACUAAAACAAUCCCAGGGACACAAAGUAAACUUGGAGUAUUUUGUGGAUAAUCCAGAGGUGCAGCAGAGUGACUCCCUUCAUAUAAGUAUUUAUUCAUUUGUCAGUAACCUGCUCGUCCUGUGAGAUCUCCUCAGUAACACUACUAAUGCCUGUCUGAUGAACCUGUAACUACACCUGGAUGGAGUAAGAGGUGGGUGAAAAGAAUGUGGAAUAUAAAUAAAAGGUGGACCUCUACAAGGACAGUUGCUGGUAUGAAGUAACGAGUGGCACCCAAAAACUGACAAAACUGUGUGCAUGCACAGAAGCUGAGGGGGACUGAAACUGCAUGGCUGUAGAACUGCAGAAAAUAGUGCAAUUUCAAAACUCUCCUUGGAACCUUGUUUUGAUAUCAACAGAGAGAGAUUGCACUUACACGUCGACAGAACCAUGUCUAUACGGGGUUUAAAUGAAAGAGUUGUUGCUGAAAGACUUGAUUUUGUGAAUACCACAGAAUCAUUAGGACUACUAAGUGCAUUUGGUGGAAAAAAGGACAUAACUCCCUCUGUUUUGUUGAAGAAUUUGUUAUAUUGUAAUUGGAUAAUCUUAGAGACAAUCACCUAAAAUGAGCAGUAUUUCCAUGUGUGAUAGAACCCAUAUCCUGAGGGUUCAGUGUUGUCUAUGUUGGGAAGCCUAAAACCCAAACCUGUGUAAAUUUACCAUGAAGUACCAAGUCCUGAUAUCAUUUAUUAGCUAAUUAAAACAGUGAUGGUCUGUCUUUAAUCAUAUUUAAUUCUAUUCAACUCUUUGCAAACACUGGAAUGACACACGUGAUUAGCGAACAAAAACAUAAAAUGUUUGCAGUGAGGUUUUCUGUUUCACAAUCAAAUCACAGGUGUACAGGAAAAAGAGUAAGGAGCUUUCUGACUGGUGAUAGGUGAUAGCGUUACACCUGUGACCUUACUGUGUGCUAUAGUAUGUUUCCUAUUUAUUUAUCUCUACCAUUACUGUGGAUUAACCAUUAGUGUGUUUGCCACAUUUCUUUACAUUCCAAAUGUGGCAAACACAAUGUAACAAUUAAAAAGUCUGGUUAGUUAAAGAAAGACAGAACAAGACCAAACCUUCUUUGACCUCCCAGUAUAAUGCAGUGUUUGAUGUCUAUGACAAAAAAUGUGUGCAUGUGUGUUUGUUUUAUAUGUUGUGUUGUGUGUCUGUGGGCUUGUGCUCACACCUACACUUCUGUCAUGCAUCUCAGUACUCAUAUAGAAGUACAUCUGUCCUCUGUCUCUUUAUCUUAUUGGUAGAGAUGUC